AUGUCUUUGACGGACUCAGAGCUGCGCAAUGAUCCACGAAUUAAGAAAGCACUGGCUUCGCAGUUCGAUGCGUUCACAAACACGCUGAUGAAUUCAGCGCCGCCACAACCUCUGUCCCAGCUAACACAACCAUUUGCGCAGCAGUCCAGCGCCGCAACGAGCGCGCCGAUCGUUGCACUGGCUACAUCAUCUGCCGCAGCAAUUACGCCAACCGCGUCGCAGAUUGCUUCUGCGACACAGCUUGCACCAAAUGCUUCAGCUUUUGGGAAGGACGAAACGAGUGUUCCGAAGUUAUCCGAUACACGUGUGUCGUUUGGACGUGAUCCACGUAAGAGAGCGUCAGGCAGUGACCAUCGCAUCAUCACGGACCCACGUUUGGUUUCGGCAGCAGCGAAUCCUGCACUGGACUCACGCUUUGUCUCGCCGAACGGUGUAACACACGCGUCAGCAUCACUGGUGGAGCCACGUGCUGCUGUUGACGCGUUAUAUUCGGUAUCGGUGCAACAGCAGCGUGCGAAUCAAGCUCGUGAUCAGGAUCAUCGUCUGCAGUCGUCUGCGUAUCACGAGUCGUCAGCUGUUCACCACGUUGAUGAACGUAUCUCCGAAAGGACUGUUGGUGCAGAAGGAGGUCGCCGUGGUUGGAUGUCCCAAGCACGAGCUACAAUCGAUCCUCGUCAAGUUAAAAGAUAUGGAGCAUGCUCGUACAGAAGUGAACAGAUCAGCGCCGGAAGUAGCCAGGAUCGUGAUGAACGAGAGCUGAAUCAUGUCAAGCCAGAAACGAACACGUCGACAAAUACGACAACCACAGCAGCGCCACAAGCUCCACUGUCGUUGCGUGAAAAACGCAAGAAUAAUGAAUAUGAAAGUCCACUAAGCCGAAUUCCUGGGCCCACUCGGUGGACGUAA